AUGAAAAAUACAAAAGGUAUUAAAAGUACAAAAGGUAUGAAAGGUACAAAAGGGCAUUUUGUUUUCUUGAAUUUAAAUUUAGUAUCAUUCCCACUAACUUUGAAGCAUUCACUUUUGUGA